AUGUCCUCGGAUCCUUCCUCUGGGCCUCCGGCCGAUGCCUCCCUCGCCAAGGAGGCCUCGCUGCCGCUCUCUUCUUCGGCGGUGGUGGCUCCCACCGCCACGACGACUGCAAAUACUACUACGACAAACACCCCGACGAACACCACCGCCGUGAAUACGCCCGCCUCCGACGUCGACACCGCCGCCCCCGCCGCCCCCUACGGCACGCGUUCGCGUGGCCGCAAUGCCCCGCGGCCCAACUACGCCGAGGAUCGAGACCUCGAUCUCGAUCUGGAGAUGACCCUGGCUCCGCCGACGACCAGUACCCCUUCGUCGUCGGCGUCGAAAUCCGCCAGACGCAGCGCGGGUGCUGCGGCUGUCGCCAACGGGGCGGGCGAGAAACGCCGUGCCCUGGCCGCCUCCUCUUCCGCUUCCACCACCGCUGCCUCUUCCUCCACCACCAGCAGUCACAACAACAACAACAACAACAACUCAAAUAACAACUCCUCCACAACUAACGGCAAAGAGGCCAUUCCCGGGACGUCGUCGUUUUCCGCCAGACCAGACGAUACGGGUUCCUCGUCCGUUUCGAAAAAACGCAAGCAGCCCGCUUCCUCCGGUAGCCACACCACCGCCGGGAAUGCCGCAAAAAAGGUCUUCACCAGUGCUCCCGGAGGAGGAGGAGGAGGAGGAGGAGGAGGAGGUGGUGGUGGUGGUUUAUUGACAGGCCAACCCGAGACCAAUAUGAUGAGUUUUACCGCGACGGGCGCCCGGCUGCAGGACGGUAAACUGACGGCGGAUGACGGGACAGUCCUUGCUGUGAACGACCACGUCUAUCUUAUUUGCGAACCCCCCGGCGAACCCUACUAUCUCGCCCGGAUCAUGGAGUUUCUUCCCUCACGCGACCGGCCCGCCACCAUCGAUGCCCUACGCGUCAACUGGUUCUAUCGCCCCCGCGACAUCCACCGCAAGGCCGCCGAUACCCGUCUCGUCUUCGCCUCCAUGCACUCGGAUACCUGCCCGCUGACGGCUCUGCGCGGCAAGUGUCAGAUCCGCCACGUCGCCGAGAUCGAGAACCUCGACACCUACCGCAAGACCCGGGAUGCCUUCUGGUUCGACAAGCUGUACGAACGCUACAUUAUGCGCUACUACGAGGUCAUCCCCACCCGCGAGGUCAUCAACGUCCCCGCCCCGGUCAAGAAGGUUUUGGACGAGCGCUGGCAGUACGUCCUCAUUGAGAUCGGCCGCCGCAAGGAGCUCACCAGCGCCGUCAAGACCUGCCAUCGCUGUACCCGCUACGCCGCCUCCGCCGACUCCGUCGACUGCGCCGUCUGCCACCACACCUACCACAUGUACUGCGUCCGCCCCGUCCUCACCAAGAAGCCCGCCCGCGGCUUUGCCUGGGCUUGUGCCGCCUGCAGCCGCGCCCAGGAACGCAAGCUCGAGGCCCGCAAUACCCCACUGCUCGGCGGCGCCGCCGGCGGCGGCAGCAACAGCAUCGUCGAGGAUUUCCCCGAAGAUAUUCCCGAAGAGAUCCCGGAGGAGAUUCCCGAGGAGAUUCGUGACGAGGAGAUGGAAGAUGCGCCGGGCCUCGGGGGAAUCUCUACCACCACCUUGAGCACCACCACCGCUGCCGCCGCCGCCGCUGCCACUACCACCACCACCACCACCACCACGACAACAGCGACUACCCCCAUCGAGGGUCCGCACGAAGCUGGUCCCGCGACCGAGGAACAGAUUGCCCAGGCCCGCUUGUGGCCCUACCGCUACCUCGGUAUCCACUGUCGCGUGGAGGACGCUCUGGACUACGACGAUCGCAUCUACCCGCGCGCCAGCUCCCGCCUCGGCCCCCGCCACCAGGCCACCGUUCCCCCCUGGUACGGUCAUCGCAUCGAGUACGUCAAGCCCGCCGACAGCAAGAAGAAGAACCUCAAGGGUGGCUCUCGCAAGGAUUCCAAACUCUCCAAGGAGACCCAGGCCGCCCUCGAGGCCGCCCGCCAGGAACGCGCCAACCGGCCCAAAUGGGUCCUCGACGAGCCUCGCGGCUACGUGGCCCGCGGCGAGGAUGAACCCGUCCUCCUUCAUGGAAAAUCCGUCCGCACGGCCGAGCUGAUGUUCAAAAUGCCCACAGAGGACCAGCGGCCUCCGCCUCCCACCACCACCCGCGGCGAGGACGAUUCCCCCGCCGCCGACUGGACCCCCGAGGCCCGCGAACGUUUCCUCGACGACUACAUGCGCCGCGCCCAGGCUUUAGCUCCCAACAAGGGCCUCGAACCCUACUCGACCAACUUCCUCGACAAGGCCCUACAGCUCCUCUAUGCCGAGAGCUUCAAUGCCGACGCCGCCCUCGCCCGCCUGCAGCGCGCCAACAAGUACUCCGACCUGAAGGAGCCGCAUCUGCGCCCAGAGGAGGUCAAGCGCUUCGAGCAAGCCGUCGCCCUCUACGGCUCCGAACUGCGCAACGUCACCAAGCACGUCGGGUCUGUCCCGCACUACCAGAUCGUCCGCUUCUACUACAUGUGGAAGAAAACCCCGGCCGGCCGUCGCAUCUGGGGCAACUACGAGGGCCGCCGCGGCAAGAAGGAGGCCAAGCGUGCCUCCGCCGCCGCCAAGCUGGUCGACGACGUCGCCGACGACCACGACGACUCCGCCUUUGACGCCGACAAGGCCGCCGACAAGAAACGCGGCUUCCAGUGCAAAUUCUGUGCCACCCGCUCCUCGCGCCAGUGGCGCCGCGCCCCCGGCGCAGCUCCCGGCACCACCGUGCCCGCCGAACCCGCCAACAAGAAGGACAAGGCCGGUCCGCCCCUGACCGUCGCCCUGUGUCUGCGCUGUGCCCUGCUCUGGCGCAAGUACGGUAUCCAGUGGGAGAACGUCGACGAGGUCGCCAAGAAGAUCGCCCAGAGUGGCAACAAGUCCUGGCGUCGUCGCAUCGAUGAGGAACUGCUUGCCCAGUUGCUCCUCUCCGCCGAGACUGGUCCGGGUUCCCCCUCAGGAAGUGCUCCAGGACCGGCGGCGGCCUCGACAGAUGGUACAUCUAACAAGAAGAAGAAACAACAACAACCAUCCCAGCAACAGAUGGGAGAGAAAGACAAGGAUAAGGAAAAGGACAAGGACAAGGACAAGGAUAAAGACAAGGACAGUGUUGCCCCUUCUACGGCCACCUCGGUGGAACCCGCCCCGACGACGAAGAAGAAGGGAACCGCCGCCGCCGCAGCAGCAGCAGCAGCAGCAGCAGCAGAACCUGCGCCUAUCAUCCCUGACCCGCCCAAGGCCAAGACGCUACCGUGUGCCGUGUGCAACCAGAUGGAACCUCUGUCGCAGCACCUAUCAUGUCGGGACUGUCGCCUGACCGUCCACCGAGGCUGCUACGGUGUGGCGGGCACGACCGGCAACAAAUGGCUGUGCGACAUGUGUUCCAACGACCGCAACCCGCUCAUCUCCACGGCGUACGAGUGUGUACUCUGUCCCGUCCGUUGGACGGAGCACGAACUGAUGGAGCCGCCCAAGAUCACGCAUAAGAAAAAGACGGACCGAGAGCGUGAGAAAGAACGGCUGGAGAAGGAGAUGGUCGUCGAGGCCAUCAAGCUGUACCGCCAGCGCCAGGAGGCCGUCGGCAAACCUAUCGGCCCCCGCGAACCCCUCAAGCGCACCAUUGGUAACAACUGGGUGCACGUCCAGUGCGCCCUCGCCCACCCGGAGAUCAAGUUUGGCGACGCCGCCGCCCUCGAGCCCGCCGAAGGGUUCGGCCUCAUCCCCGCCGACCGCCACCGCGCCGUCUGCAAGAUCUGCAAGACCAGCGACGGCGCCUGUGUCGCCUGCCAUUUCCCCGGCUGCUCCGCCAUGUUGCACGUUGGCUGCGCCGUCCAGGCUCAGUAUCCCGUCGGUCUCGACGUCACCCCGGUCAAGAGCUCGCGCCGCGACUCUGUCGCAACCAUCCGCCUCGGCGACGAGGCGGGUGCCACCUGCGCCGCCGUCUGGUGUCCCCAUCAUCCGCGUUCUUCGGUCUUACAUCCCCUGAGCGAGCCCACCGAUCAUGACGACCUGUCCGCCCUACAGCUCUUCGCUCGCACCUAUAAGCAAGCGGACCUUUCCCUCACGGGAACCGUCCGCAAGGCCGCCUAUCUCCAACAACAGCAGCAGCAGCAGCAACUACUACAACAACAACAACAACAACAACAACAACAACCAAACUUGCCACCCGCCCGCCGCUCGCAAACAACCAACCCCGAGGUGGACGAGAUGGUCAUCGACGCUGCUUCUAGCCCCGUUGCUACGAUGACUACUACAUCCGAGCAUGGCGCUUCAGAUCAUGCCUGUGUUCGGUGUGCCACUGCUUACAGCCCGCGCUGGUGGCCCGUCCCUGAACCUCCACGCAGGCUGCCGCUCAUCCCCAAUGGUAACCUUCAUGGUGGUCCAGAUCGUGCCCUGUCGGGUGAUAGUCGUCCUACGUACGAAUGCCACAAGUGCCAUCUCGCGCAUGGCAAGACAAUGGCACCGAUCACCAUGGCGGCGACGAACAACAACAACAACAAUAAUAAUACUAAUAAUACUAAUAAUCCCAUUGCCGCCCCUGCUGCUCCCCCUGCUGCUCCCCCUGCUCCUACCGUCGCCUCCACCUCCACUGCCGCUGCUGCUGCUGCUACUGCUGGCCCCGCCCAGCCCUCACCGGAGCCUCGAUUAUCGUCGCCUUAUGCGCCGGGACCCCAGCGUCCCGUACUACCAGCUCCACGAUUGCCUGAAUACCACGGUCAUUCCUACGGGUCUCAUGGACACCCAACACCACCGACCAUCCUACCUCGGCCCAUCGGAUCGGCCGGCUGGUCACCACCAGGCUACGAGUCACGGCCACCCGAAUAUGGGGGUGACGCUUCUUCCACGCCUACCCUUCGAGGUGCUCCUCCUCCUCCUCCUCCUCAUCCGCCCAUAUACCACGGUCCUCCUCCUCACCCUCCUCAUCCUUCUCACCCUUCUCACCCUUCUCACCCUUCUCACUCUUCUCACUCUUCUCACUCUUCUCACCCGCCUCACCCACCUCACCCACCUCACCCCUCUCAUCCUCCUCAUCCUCCUCACGUAUCAAUGUCAAACUCGGUUGCCAACAGCAACCCACCUCAUCUAAAUGGCGGCUAUCCGGCGCACCAUGCGCCGCCCGCACCACCUGCACAUCCUCCUCACCCACCCUACGCCAAUGGUGCUUCGGGGCCAACCCCGCCGCCGCCUCCACCGCCGUUUCUCGCACACCAGAGCCCAUACGGCCCUGUGCCCGCGCGCUCGCCGCACCUUUCCCAGGCCCGGCCGUACGCGGCCGCCUCGGCCUCGCCGCCUGAUGUGCAUUCGAAUCUUGUGCGACACUCGCCGCCGCAUUCCCUGAGCGCGUUGAAUUCGGGCGGACCCCCGCCGCUGCUGUAUCCGGUGGAUCGGAACACUAACACCAACACGACGACGACGACGACGACGACGGGCACCGCGGGGCCUAGCGAGGAGGGCAGUGGACGGUCGACCGUCAACGGCACGACGCACGGGGGAUCCGGGGCCAGUGCGAGUCCAUCGUUGAAGAAUCUACUGUCGUAG